UUUGGACAGGCGCAGUCGACGUACGGCGGAGCGAGACUAGUCGAGAAGACAGCCCCGGCGAUGUGUUAAGGGACGGACUUAGACAGAUCGCACAGAGUGAGUACAGCAGCAGAACAAAGCACGUCGAGUAAUACCAGGGAGCUGUGCCAGCGGAGCGACUACACGCUUAUACCAGCCCUCAUUAGAUAGAAAUCUAUUGCACUGACUUUGUGGGGCUAUAUUUUUCGAUUUUAACCAUGUCUGUCACAAAUGGAAUGAAUGGACACAAAAGUGGCGAGGGCCUUCAGUGGAGGGUCGGUUUGGUGAACAACGCCAAGAAAUAUCUGACAGCAGAGUCUUUUGGACAUAAAGUAAAUGCUUCAGGCACAACCUUGAAGAAAAAGCAGUUGUGGACAUUAGAACAGGAUCCUAACGAGGAGGCUGUGUACCUGAAAAGUCACCUCGGCUGUUACAUCUCCACGGACAAAUACGGCAAAGUUACAUGCGAGGAAGACAUUAAGACGACGGCGGAGAAAUUCGUGGUGGAAUACAGUAAAGAUGGCAGAUGGGCAUUCCGAAAUGUGCAGUUCGGCUCUUAUUUGGGAGGCUCUGACGACAAUUUGUUGUGCUCUGCCAAGACGCCGGGUCAGGGCGAGUACUGGACCUUGCAGUUGGACAUCCAUCCCCAAGUCACCCUUAGGAACGUGAACCGGCGUCGAUUCGCUACCAUGAGGGAGGACGAGUUACAGUGUACGGAGGUAAUCCCGUGGGGGGUGGAGAGCCUGGUCGUCAUGGAAUUCCAAGAUGGAAAGUACGCCUUAAGGACCAGCGAUAACAGAUACGUCAGCCGAGAAGGAAAGUUAGACAACGAAGUCGGACAAAACACUUUAUUUACACUUGAAAUAAAAUCUGGCCAGAAUGCAGGGUUUGCACUGAAAGACGCCCAGGGGAAAUACCUGACGGCCGUUGGGGCAACGGCGACUGUCAAGUCUCGGAACAGUUCGAUCUCGAAAGAUGAGCUGUUUACGUUGGAGGUCUGCCACCCUCAAGGCUACUUUACAUCUCUCCUCAACAACAAGAAAGCUUCAACAAAGCAAGGAGUUGACGUGUCGGCCAAUCAGGAUGACGAGGAGAUUACGGAACGAGAAAUUUUCCAGGUGGAUAUGAGCCCCACAUCAUCUAAAUGGGCCAUCCGCACUGUGGACAACAAAUACUGGUCUCUGGAGAAGGCGGGAAUACAAGCAAUCUCAUCGGAAAUGUAACUCCCGAAGACCUUGUUUGACAUGGAAUGGCAAGGAGACGGAUCUGUUGCCUUAAAGGCAUCUAACAGCAAUUACGUGUUCGCCAAACCCACGGGAAGUCUAACUGCUGCUGGGGAUAGGAUCACCGACAAGGAGAAGUUCCGCUUCACUCUGACCAACAGACCAGCGGUGAUUCUGAAAGGGGAACACGGUUUUGUCGGCUUCAAGUCCAUGAACAUUCAGAGACCCGAAUACGUCUGUAACAGAGGAACGCAAGAAGUUAUUUAUAUGGAACCAGCAGAGGACGGGAAAUAUUAUUUCAAAGGUAUGAAUGGGAAGUAUUGGCGGAUCGCAGAGGAAGGAACACCUUUUGCUGACAGUGACAAACCCACUCCCUUUAUAGUAGAAUUCCGAGGCCAGUCCCUGAUCACCAUAACAGCUCCAAACGAUAAAUACCUGAAGGGAGAACAGAAUGGAAUACUGAAGGCCGUAGGCAAAGAAAUAACUGGAUCGGUGUUGUGGGAAUGCUAACUUACUCACAGACGUGUACAUAUCUAUUGUAAAUUGAGAUUUUAACGACACAUACUUGGAAGGUACCUACCUAUACGGCUGUUGACAGGUCGCCGAGGAUUUGACGGUCCAUGGACGACAGACAGACAGGUGAAUAUGCACCGGGGACCACUGGCACCUUUAUACGCCUAAAGGGCGACUGGAAAAAGUUCAGCCGAGAGAUACUUUUCGUUAUUGUUCAUAUGAUCUUGUAUUUGUUUCAUAAUCGUCAUGUUUUGUAAGCAAAUAUUUAUUGUGUUGCGCAUUGUUUUGUAACCGCCAUUUUGUUCACAUUUUCCAUAUUACUCACGUCUGCUGCUCCGAUUCAUCAAAUGGUGGUUUGUAAUCUGAUAUUACAAUAUACCCUCAUGAAGUUGUCACCUGUUCUUAUAUAUCCAUUUAAUUUUAAACAUCCGUUUAUGGUUACAACCAAAGCAGAACAGACAUGAUAGAUAAGAUGAGAUUAUCCACAUUUGUUUAGUACAACGAGGUACAGAUCUGUAUGACUUAUUUUUCUACACAACAUUUGAGACAUCUGCCUGACACUUCACCCAGUGUUGUCAUGUUGCUGAUUUAGUGUUUUCUAAGUGUGAGUUGUUAAGAACAAAGUUUUGUCAACGAUCUCAUGGCAUAGUUUACAGAUCAGGUAUAGCUGUUUACCGUUAAGGUAACGAAGGUUGAUGUUGGCCAACACUGGGAAAUCGUCGUCUAAACUCUCGUAGCUACAGAGUUACAUGUAAAUAAGUACCGAUUGGGCAGAUGUUGUACAAUAGCCUACACAAUGUCUAAUGUUACAGCAACUGGCAAACGUAUACAUAAUUCCUAAAACUGAAAUGUCAGAGCCUAGCGUGCGUGCCAGAUUUCAGAUGAUGAAUCCAUGCACAUUUAUGCUCUGCCUGUAUUCUGCGGGUAGACAACAGGGGCUUGAAAGAAAAGCCAAUCAACGGCAAAACCACCCUUCUCAAAAGACAUGAAGCAGGUUUUUAACAAGAACCCUUGCAAUUGCCAAAUCAUGUGAUGUCGCGAAGGGUUCUCUCUCUGGGGAUGUGAUAUUGACUUUUAUCGAAAUGCUCACGUCAUUGUAUAUAGAUAUUGUAUUUUUAGAACUAGCUAUUGAUUGGGAAACGCGUCUUUUGUACAUGGGAGCCGUUGUAUAGCCCAAUACUGCAAUGUAUCCGUUUGUAAUAUGGACAUCGAACUGUAUGUAUACAAUAUUCUUUCAUAAUACUUUUUCUACUAGGCUUUGGUAUAGAGUCAGUUUUACGCGUGGCUGUGGGUGCUGAUAAUUCCUGGAAACAUGCCACCCCCACCUGUGCCCAGAUCUCCCCUACCCUCGGGACUCUUGCGCUUUCUUGCCUAACUAUAAACCUGCAUCAUGAGACAAAUGUGACACUGUACCAGUGGAAACUACGAAAUAAAGCAUACUAGAAAAGAUUA